UUCCCUCUCUCGCUCAGUCUCAUCGAAAACAUUCGCCGAGUAGGACGUGUUUUCGUCGUCGCGGCCAUUCAACGACUUUCGUGCGCAUUUGGUGUGAGUGUUGAGCUGUUGUAUGGAAGGGUAAACGUAUCGAGAGGAAGAGGGUUCAGUUGUUGUUUUCGUCCGUGCAUCGUUCGUUCCUUGACAACCCAGUGCUCAGCGCCGUGGUGUGGAAGCCUCUUCUAGCACUGUCUCCUAUGUGUCAAGGGUUGUUGUGAUCCCAAGAUUUUUUUUUCUCUGCGAAACGGAAGUGAUAUGUGAAAGCACCAGAUAGCUUGUGAAAUAUUGUGUAGGAGUUGCUGAUAACAAAAAAGAAUCGCCCGAAAGAAAAUCCAACAACCCUUUCGGGGUGGAUUUGCUGAACCUGAGAAAAGCACCGUUCGGCGAAAGUGGACACAAGUGAAAUAAAAAUAAACCCCACCUCCUCCCUCACCCGCGCCUGGCCAAUGUCGCUGAAAGUGACUAACGGGUGGCCUAAUGUGUAGCGUUGUGCCGUUCCCACCGAAGGGACACUGCCCAGCCAGCACACAUACGCCCCGCCGCACGCCGCACUCAAGCUAACAACGGCUACUGCACCCGGGGAUCGUAAACAUGGGGAUAUCAGAAGCGACAUUGUUUCCAUUAUUUAUCGGCCUGCUCGCCUGCUUGGCGGUGAAUGUAAUUGCUCUGAAAGUGAAUAAGGAUCCGCAGCAGCAGCACCAGCAACGGUCACACUCAGGUGGUCCGCUCGACCGAACCGGUCGGGCAGGAGGUGGUGGUUACACGUCGGCAAACGACGAUUUUGGCUACAUUUCCGAUGCCAUGCUGCCGGAUGUGCACGGCGACGGUGCGGGCUCGCCGCUCGGUGCAGCGGUGUCAAAGGGCGCCGGCAGUGCCAGCGGUGUACCACCGUUCAAGUCGGAUGUGUCCACCAGCCUGCCCGCUUUCUCUGGCACGGUCACCAACGCGAAAGCGCCGUUCGGGGCGGAUGAUCCGGACGAGGAGGAACCGGACGAUGACGAGGACGAUGGGUACGAGGAUGGGGGCGAGCUGUUGGGAAACUUCGAUGAGGACAGCCGAGCGACGGAAGACCGAGGACCGAGCGGCCACAAGCACGACUCGCUGGAUUACACCGAUAACUUCGAGGUAGCGGCAAUCGAUCAGAUCGAGAGCUUCGGGGCGGGGAACGAUGGGACACCGCUGCCGGUGUUUCUGGUAGAGCCGAAAGGUGCUUAUGUCAUGAAGAAUCGACCCGCCAAGCUAUACUGCAAAGCAUCCCAUGCACUGCAGAUCUCGUUUAAGUGCAGCGGCAGCACAAAACCUCCACCGACGGAGAAAGAACACCACACCGAUCCGCACAGUGGCGUCCAGCUGCAGGAAGCGACGGCCACCAUCACCCGCGAGCUGGUCGACGAGUUCUUCGGCAAGGGCCCAUUCAAAUGCGAAUGCCGAGCAUACUCAUCCCGUGGCCACGUCAAGACACAACCGGUUACGAUCCAAGUGGCAACCAUUAAGAAACAAAUUAGCAUCUCACCGAAGAUCGUGCGCGUCGCCACGGGUGGUCGGGCCGAGCUGAACUGCAUCGCGAAUGCAACACCGGCGGCCAAAGUCGUGUGGCUGAAGAACAGUGUGCCGGUCCACGCCAACCCACCUUUUGUACUGCUGACCGAGAACGCGCUGCUGAUUGCUCGAGUCGAAAUACAGGACAUGGCCAAUUAUACAUGUGUUGCGGAGAACAUCGCCGGCAAGCGCGUAUCAGACCCAGUUCCAAUCACCGUGUACGUUGAUGGAGGAUGGAGUUCAUGGGGUCCCUGGACGGACUGCAAAUGUCCCGGCCAUGGCAAGCAGGGCCAAAAACGUACCCGUGUGUGCAACAGUCCAGUUCCGAUGAAUAAUGGUGCACCUUGUAAAGGUGCUAGCACAGAGUCCACGCCCGACUGUCUGCCUUGCUCUGCCGGACGAUGGUCCAGUUGGUCCGAGUGGAGUGAGUGUGGCCCAGACUGCACCCAGAUUCGACAGCGCUCCUGUGUCGGUAGCUCGUCGGCCACUCAACUAGGGUCCGUACCGGUGGCUUCGGCUGCCUUGGUAGCUAACAGUUCCUCAGCCCAAGCUUUUGCGAUCGAUAGUGGAACUAUCGUCAAUUGUGCCGGAAAGAGUCAACAGUCCAUCAAAUGUACCGGGGGGCUAUGUAACUACACAGCGCAAGAUUCCAACUGGUCCGUCUACCUGUGGGUUACCUUGGUUGCUGCUUUCUGCCUAGGAGUUGUAUUUGCCGUGUCCAAAUUCCUACGAAGAAAGAAAACCAUUCCAGCUUAUAAUUUGGCUCGUUCAGAAAUGCCGACCGAAUAUUUCGCCAACGAGAGCAAAAAGCUGACCCAUUUCCAGCCAGAUCUGACGCAGAACACGGGCCCCAUCAAUUACGAGUACCCGAUGACAGCGUCCCUCCAGCCCCAUCUGGCCGGCCAUCACCCGCACCACCACCACCUACAGCAGCAGCAUCAUCAUCAUCUGUCUUCGCUGCACCACCAGCACGGCAGCAGCCUGCUCGGGCCGGUAGCCACCGGACACGGACAGCUUCAUCCCCAGUGCCAAUCGCAGCAAGCGCCAACCCUUCCGAUCGGGGGCCUCAAAUCGUCAUUGCCUUUGCCACGGUCCAAUUCCGAGCACCAUUACGACGUGCCCCAUUUGUGCAAUAACUACAUCUACCCGCUGGACAAAGUCAGCAUCAAUGAAUCAUACUCGUCGUCCACCUAUUCGAAGCGCGUGUGCAGCGUGGAGUCGCUCGAGACAUCGACCAACACAUCGGCCGAUUCCACCUACGACCAAGCGCCGAUGCUCCCGCCCAGCAGCUCGCCCGCCAUCCGCCCGACCACGCUGGUGGAGGAGCCGUUCCGCGGCGCGGAGGUGACGCACGCGACCCUAACGCCCGCCGGCGCCCUGCUCCGGCUCGCCACCUACUCGACCGCGCUGCUAAUCCCCGAGGGCGCCAUCCCGAAGCACCAGCGGCACAGCGUGGCGCUGUCGAUCGUGCGCGACGACAAGCACCACGUGCCGGUGCCGACCGGGCCGCGCUCGACCUACCUCAGCCCGGUCGUGUUCUGCGGCCCGGUCGACACGAAGGUAAACAAACCGAUCGUCAUGCAGGUGCCCCACUGCGCGGAGAACCUGUCCGACUGGGCGUUCUCGCUGUACAGCGCGCCGGACAAUGUAACGCCCUGGUGCAAGGUCGUGACGAUCGGCGAGGAGACGCUCAACACGCCCGCCCUGGUGCAGAUCGACAAGCGGUACGCGUACGUGCUGACGGAAGCGUUCGGCAAGUACGUGCUGGUGGGCGAAUCGGCCACCGACAUCCAGGAGCGGGUGGCGUGCAAAAGGCUGCGCCUGUUCAUCUGCGGCCCGUCGACCGUGCCCGAGUUUUCCGACGUCAGCCUGCGGGUGUACAUCGUGGAGGAUAACCCGGGGGCGGAGGAGCGCUGCCGGCACUGCGAGCAGGAGAUCGGCGGUGUCCUGCUCGGCCGCAGCACGGCGCUGCACUUUGCGGACGUCGGCCAGGCCGGGCUGAACAUCGACCUGCAGUGCGUCGGUGGCUGGCGGGCGAAAAGCUCGAGCGAGCGGCAAACGAUACCGUUCUCGCACGUGUGGAACAGCGCCUGUACGGCACUGCACUGCAGCUUUACCCUGUGCCGGACCGAGCACGACAAGUGUGACUUUAAGAUCGUGGUGCAGGCGUCGCAGGAUGUCCCCCAAGGGUUAGACGAGCGGCUGACAGCGAUCGGUGUGCCGGCCACGCUCAGCAUCUCUUCCUUUGUGCCGAUGGCAAAGGAUGGGCGCCACUGUCAGCACUCCUCCAGCUCGUUCGAAACGAUGACGAUCUGUAGCGUUGGGUCGGGCGACCACAACACCAACCUGCUCGCGACCGAUCGCUUCCGGCUGUCGAAGGACGUCAAGCGGAAGCUGUGCCGGUGUCUCGAUCCGCCGACCCAGAAGCGCAACGAUUGGCGCAUGCUCGCCGCACACCUGAACGUGGACCGGUACCUGACGUACUUCGCGACCCGGCCCUCACCCACCGACCAGAUCCUCGACCUGUGGGAGUGUCGCAAUCGCGACCUGAACGCGCUGCAGCAGCUGAUCGAGAUCUGCCGCACGAUGGAGCGACCGGAUGCGGUGGCGAUACUGGAGCAGAUCCAGCCGGCGGCCCCGUGGGUGUAGGAAGUCCUGCUGCACGGGGAAGCCCAGAACUAACGAAUAACCAAGCGAUGGCUGCGAUAGUAGGUCAAGUCACUCUUUAUAAAUAUUUAUAAUUCAUUAUCAACCAAACGGACACCGCACCGCCUUGUCAGUGUGUUGCGCCAGCCGAAGAAGGGUGCGGAGAAAUUGACUGACAGCCACACGGGCUCUGUUCUGCGGAACGGUUUGUCCGUCCUGUUACGUCCCUGUUUUUUCCCUCCCUGACUCUUCUUCGCUCUUUCUCCCCCGAUCCGGGACCGGACUGGACAAUCCUAUCGGACAAUCUGUUAUUAACUCCGGCACUCUCGCGCAGACGAACUAGCCAGCGAACCCGUCUGCCAGUCGGGUAGUUGUCGGUUGUCACUCCACCCCUGACACUGACACGGCAACGGAUGCGAGGCGUCAUUGUACUGAUUGCAAUUGCACCGAUGCCCGAUGCUGUCCGUUUCGGAAAGAGCCCUUUCGAAGCCAGUUCAGGGGCCGAAAGAGUUCAGCUCGGAAAGGUCAGUGGUUGUGUUGGUGCUCGUCCGGCGGGAUGCAUACGUUACACACUGGCUCAGAGCGCUAGUAGCAACGAGACUCCAGCGGAAGGAGAAGACGCGUGGACGCUGAGACGACUGACAUAAGGUGAUUUUGUGUUUUCGUUUUCCGUUUCACUCUGUACAAUGUAAUGUAGCUGCUUAAGAUGCUCUCACACACACAGAGAUGCGCACAGUAAAUCUCAACUACGUAGCCUACGAAGCUAUUGCUCAAAUCAAGCAAAAGUUCAUCCAGUAGUACCACGCGGAAGAAGAAUUGGAACAAACCAGCAUUUUUGUACGAAACAUUGCCGUCUAUCAAGCUAUCGAACGACACACCAAACUCAUAUCAGUUGCGGUGCUAAUGAUACUACAACUUUCUUUCUUAUCAAUCUUCUCCAAUUGGAUACCGUAAUCGAUACAGUGCGUAACACAGCUAAGUUCAGUAUCAUUGUUUUCCUUCGUUGCAUGGCGUUUGUCAUAAACCAAUAGCGAUUUUGUUUACUAAAUUUGUAAAUUACGUUGCUUAUUUUAUUGGAAUAUAUUCAAAAAUUGUACCGAACUGUUCAUCUAGCUGUGUUACGCACUGUAAUAGUAUUUUAUUUUAUUUCGCAUCAUUACUAUAACAUCAAUAUCUUCCUUCCUUUUCCAAACAAAAGAACACAGCAUCCCUUUCAGACGAAAAGAAAAACAAGAGUGAAUAUUAAAAAAAACCCAAUAGAAUUAAUUAAUAAGACUGAUACAAAACUGUAUAAAGAAAAGCGGGCGAAGCGAAAUAAGAUAAUUACGCGCAGUUCAAACCUGCAUCUUGCGUGCACUACUGUUAGGCUCUGUUGAAAAACGUAAAAUACCAAAAGAUAAACAUCGAACCACAUGCGCAUUGUAUCAGAGAGGAUUCAGAUCUUGCCGAUCCUUUAGGUGGUGUGUGUGGCGAAUGGAAUGGCAUCUACACUAAGUACUACUAUUCGAUAUAAGUUCGUACCAGUAGCGAGAUGUAAGGCUUAAUAUGUUGUGCAACACUGACAGAGCCAGUGUCGCUUUCAGUGUCCUUCCCAAGAAAACAAAAAUACGAUUGAGUUUAUGUACUGUAUAAAGUUUAAGUGAAAGUAAGUGAAAAAUCAUACCGUUAGAGUACGUUUCUCGUCCAGUGUUGUGAACUAUGUUAGAGAUGAUUUUAUCAUACUUUUUUUUUUUGGGCGGAGGGUAUCGAGAAACACCGCCACCGCAAGAUGUAAUCAUUCAGCACUAAUGUUUCCUUAGUAAUUAAAGUCUUUGGUAUCAUGCUAGACUGUUGCUGCCAUAGAUAGACGUGCACCUGGAAGUCAAAAUCGGUGUACCAUACUUUAGCAGUGAACGUUAAAACAGACGACAGGAAAAGAGGUGAUAAAAUAUUCAAAAUAUUUUAUGUUCGAUUACUCUCCUUCAAAGCCCUUAUUCUACUAUCAACGCUCUGCCCACUGCGGCUGAAAUUAUUAGUUGUCUAGUGUGUAGUGCACCAAGCAAAAACGAAUUCUACCCUAUCGAACUUAACCGGAAUUGCCUUUGUUCUAGUUUCUAUGAUUAUUCUUAACAAUGCUUUUAAAUUUAACGCUAUCGAGUUUACGUACGUACGUUCGCAGUUCAUGUUUUAGAUGUACUAUUUCAAACUAUAGUCUUCUACCUCAUUACAGGGUGUGGUGGGAAGAGAUGCGUAAAUCUUUCAAUUUAUAUGUCCAAAUUUAAUGAAUCCUUUGACCAGUGUAUUCUUAUUAUAACCCAACAGAUCAAUUUGGAUUACCAAACUAGGUUGUUUGCAAUAAAAUCUUUACAAUAUGGUUUUUGAUAUGAAAAUUAAUUUUCAAUUCAAUCAUCCAUUUUCAAAUAUGAAAAUAGAGCCUUCAAUUUGACUUCAAUUCAAUUCAAUUCUUCCUGACUGCUUAACUCUGUGUUUAAAACAACACACCUAGGUGUAUAUAGUUAUUUUGGAGAACCAAGUAUUGUUCUUGGAGUUGGGCAGUGUCUAUGAGGAUCAAAACGUUGUCCCAAAGUGGGAUAAGUUCCCAUCUAGUGAGUUAUCUUCAAAGGACUUAAUAAACAUAAGAACAUGCCAAAAAGUUGGGAAAAGUAUUUGCACAAAAUGAUAACAAUUUUCGCAUUCCUUUCCACCACACUCUGUAGUAGAAUGAUUUACCAAGACGCAACAUGUUCCGUAUGUUACAAAUUUUAGGUUUAGGCACUGGAAUAUGAUGCAUAAAACAGAGUGGAUCUUACUAUAGGGACGAAAAAAUCGUAGGUAAUGUGUAUAAAGUAUGUCCACGUACACCUGUGUGUGUAUUUGUUCAAAGAACCUUACGAUAAAAAUGAGAAACAUGCGCCAGGAAGAAAAAAAAGGAAAGAGAAUACCUUGUAUUACACUGUAUAAGAGCAAUGCUGCUAAAUACUUCACAAAUGCCAAGUGCCAAGAGAAAAUACUUGUUUCUCAUACAUAUUGUGCUCUUCCUCUUCUUCUUCUGUCACUAGUACUCACUCUCACUCUCCCCCCCUUUCCCAGGAAUGGUCACCCCAUAACUAACGAACCCUCACACACAGAGUUUGAGGUUCGUUUAGAAUUGUCCUUUCAUGCAUGGUGCGGCUAGUGGCCGCCCAUCCCCCUGGGUUGAGCGCAUAUUUGUCAAGGACAGCACACACACACACACACACACCGAAAAGGGACACGAAAGAAUACAACCGUCCCCGCAUUGUAUUCUGCUCAAACAUCAUAUUUCGCUCCCAAUCCCCUCUACUUCCGGCGGGUAGCCACCGCCUGGCGUGGCUUCCUUUCGGGACACGUGCUACAAAUCAACCAGCAUCUCGCUCGCUUGCACACCCCCCCGUGUCCCCGCCAUUCACCGACACUCACUUCCGGUCUGCUCGUCCGCCCGCCCGCCCGGUGGCAAUUAACUCAGCUGGAAACGAAAUUAAUUGUAAAACCGCACCGCGCGCGCAUCGGCUGCACCGCAACCGCAUUGUGCACACAAUGCACACACAAACACACACAUGCACAAAAACACAAUGCACAACAAUGAGUAAAACAAAGAAGCAUCCCGACGACAGAAAUAUGAGCAUAAAUUGUCAAUAAAUUGUGGAAUGCAUGCACACACACACAUUCUACGCCUUUUUGCUCUGUAGCCUUUUGCCCGGGCGCAGUUCCAGGAGAUGGCUGGGAGUCAUUUCUGCCAUGGGGAAAGGAUACAAUUUUAAAAUUGUUUCUGCUUUUUAGUUUGAUUUCUGUUUUUUUUUUUGUGUGCUGUUUGUUCCCCCCAGUUGUGUAGAUUCGGCAUAGAGCACAAAUGGUUGCCAUCAGUAGGGGAUGAUAAUGGUGUGUGCGUAUCGAAAAAAAGGCCUGAUUUUCCUUUUUUUGCCUAGGCCUAGGUCGAAAAAGAGCAAAAGCGACAAAAAAGCGCAACUAUUUCGCAAUGCAUUUGCAUACAUUGAUGCUAGGCGCUACCAUUGCUAAAAUGUAUUCAAUUAGAGCACAUUUUCGAACAAUGGGCCCGUGCCUAUGACAGCGCCAGCCCGACCGGAAGACCGGACCGGAAGCCGCACGUUCGGCCUCAGUGGCUCUAUCGGUGCUUUUCUCCCGGCGCAGUCAUUAGCUUAAAACCUUUUCACCCAUCCCCCUUUGCUCUGGUGGGGGGACCAUUUGUAUGAUGGGAAUUGAUUUAUGGACGAUUUUCCAUAAUCGAUGACAGUAUCGGGCAGGAUAAUAUUUUCAAAUUAAAUAUCUGUCCCAAACCGACCUUCCCCUCCCUCCCUAGUGGUUCAAAUGCUGGAGCGCAAAUGGAGUGCUGGCAGGCAUAACCCGCUGGAGUUCCCGCGGUAGGAUGAGAGAACCAAUAGCAAGGAUUAAGACCGAUACACAAACAAACUCAAAAAAGUGGUCCACACGGUAGCGCAGGCCGGUUCGAAUGCGCGAAUAUGCGGGCUUCGUUGGGCUCGCGAAUCCACGACUAAUGCACAAAAUAGUGCAAAUAUCCUAAUGGAAGCGUUCCGGAAAAGGGAAAGGGAGCCAGUGGAGGCAGAAUGGACAGGGCAGAUUGGGCAAAUGUUUCCCGUCUCGGUGUGUGACAGUUGAUGCGUAACGAACAUGGCACUCGACACACGAUGAGCAUAAUUAAAUCGACAUCGGUAGUGAACCGGAACACGGAUGGUCAGGAUACCGGCCUAAGGUCGCUAGGGCCAAGUGCAUCGGGAGGAGAGGUUGGAGUGAGUGCCUGCGUGACAAGUGUGUGGCGCCUCGAUGCGUAAACACAUGUUGGUCAGCUGGAGAGAGAGAGAGAGAGAGAGAGAGAUGGAAGGAGAAGUGGCAGAACAAUUGGCUCGGGCAGUUUUGUAAAUCCGGAGGUUGUCUUUUGCGUAGGAGCGAACAGAUCACUCGGCAGGCGUGAGCGUUUGGGUAGAUAUACACUCGAAUUCUUGUGUAAGUAGUUUCCAAUUGUAAUGUGUAAUCGAUAGUAAGGCAUACGGCUACCAUCACGGUUGAUAUACAUAUACAUCUACUAUACUGCCCGUGGAGGCAAACACAUUUAUAUAUAUAUAUUUGUUAUAAAAUAUAAUCGAAAACUAUACAGCAUA